CAGCACCUUCAAAAGGGGUUCCGUUGCUUUCUCGCUCUCUCUCUCUCUCUCUCUCUCUCGCUCGCGGCGCCUUGAGAUGGGAAACUACGGCGGUGGCGUCGCGAUCUUCCUCUCUUGGCUCCUUCUCGCCUAUUGCGCUCAUAGUUUCUACCUCCCCGGCGUCGCACCUCGUGAUUUCCAGAAGGAUGAUGAGCUGCCAGUGAAAGUGAACAAGCUUUCCUCUACAAAGACUCAACUUCCAUAUGACUAUUACUUCUUGGAUUUCUGCAAGCCAGACAAGAUCAUGAAUAGUGCUGAAAAUUUGGGAGAGGUUCUCCGUGGUGAUCGCAUUGAGAACUCAGUUUACACAUUCAAAAUGAGGAAUCGUGAGACAUGCAAAGUAGCUUGUCAUAGACGGCUUAACGCAGAAACUGCAAAGAAUUUCAUGGAGAAGAUUGAUGAUGAAUAUCGAGUUAAUAUGAUCUUGGAUAAUCUUCCAGUGGCAGUUGCUAGACAAAGGAGAGAUGUAAGUCAAACACCUAGUUAUGAACAUGGUUUCCGUGUUGGUUUUAAAGGAAAUCAGGUCAAUGGUAAAGAUGACAACAAGUAUUACAUAAAUAACCAUCUGAGCUUCAAAGUCAUGUACCAUAAGGACCCUGAGAGUGAAGAUGCCCGCAUUGUUGGCUUUGCAGUUACUCCAAUCAGCAUAAAGCAUCAGUACAGUAAAUGGGAUGAGAAGAAUCCUAAAGUUACAACAUGCAACCCAGACACUAAAAUAACUCCAGUAAGCCAUACGCACCAGGAAGUUGCCAAGGAUACAGAUGUUGUUUUCACAUAUGAUGUUAGCUUUGAGCCUAGUCAGAUCAAAUGGGCAUCUCGUUGGGAUACUUACCUUCUCAUGAACGAUGAUCAGAUUCACUGGUUCUCUAUAAUUAAUUCCUUUAUGAUUGUCCUAUUUCUUUCUGGCAUGGUUGCCAUGAUCAUGAUGAGAACCCUGUAUCGAGAUAUAGCUAACUACAAUCAGUUGGAGACUCAAGAUGAGGCUCAAGAGGAAACUGGAUGGAAGUUAGUCCAUGGUGAUGUUUUCAGGCCUCCCAUCAAAUCCAGUCUGCUUUGUGUUUAUGUUGGAACUGGUGUGCAGUUCCUCGGGAUGGCUGUGGUUACCAUGAUAUUUGCAUUAUUGGGCUUCCUCUCUCCUUCCAACCGUGGAGCCCUAAUGACCGCUAUGGUUCUUUUGUGGGUCUUCAUGGGUUUGUUUGCCGGUUACUCCUCAGCUCGUCUAUAUAAAAUGUUCAAGGGCACAGAAUGGAAAAAGAACACCUUGAAGACAGCUUUCAUGUUCCCUGGUAUUGUCUUCUCGAUCUUCUUUGUGCUAAAUGCAUUGAUAUGGGGAGAGAAGUCUUCUGGUGCUGUUCCCUUUGGAACUAUGUUUGCUUUGGUGUUCCUAUGGUUUGGCAUUUCGGUACCUUUGGUCUUUGUUGGCAGCUACUUGGGAUUUAAAAAGCCUGCCAUGGAGGAUCCUGUGAAGACCAACAAGAUUCCCCGACAAAUACCUGAGCAGGCUUGGUACAUGCAACCAGCAUUCUCCAUACUCAUUGGGGGUAUACUUCCAUUCGGUGCAGUCUUCAUUGAGCUCUUCUUCAUCUUGACUUCGAUAUGGCUCAACCAGUUCUAUUACAUCUUUGGGUUUCUCUUCAUAGUCUUCAUCAUCCUGCUCAUUACUUGUGCCGAGAUUACCAUCGUACUUUGCUAUUUCCAGCUGUGCAGUGAAGACUACCACUGGUGGUGGAGGGCAUAUUUGACAGCGGGUUCUUCUGCCCUCUACCUUUUCUUGUAUUCAGCCUUCUAUUUCUUCACCAAACUGGAGAUAACCAAGUUUGUUUCUGGAGUCCUCUACUUUGGGUACAUGUUGAUUGGGUCCUACUCCUUCUUUGUGCUCACAGGAACUAUCGGCUUCUAUGCCUGUUUCUGGUUUGUCCGCAAGAUAUACGCCUCUGUUAAAAUUGACUAGUGAUGGUUGGAUGAAGACUACAUCAGAUCCCAGUGAAGCCAGUGUUGUACUUAUCUAAAAAAAAGAAACGACUAAAUUGCCGAGAAGGGUAACUUUGUUAUGUUAUUUCCAGAAUAGGUUAUAGUUACUAGGUUUGAUGAAGUUUUGAAAAGAACAAUGCUCAGAUCUAGUCUAUGUUUUUAUCUCUGUUUCUUUAGUUUCA